AAAAAUUUCUAUUAAUAUACAGAGAAAAUUAAACAUAAAGAAAGAAGACAGCAGAGCAACGAACACUAAACAGGAAUCGACGAUCAUUAUCUAAUUGAUGACCAAUUUUUGCUUGUAGUGUAAGUAAAAAGAAUAUAGAAAUACCAAUCGAACUCCUUUCCAGUACUGAAUUAGGGUUUUUUUCCCCUGUUAAUCAUUCUCAGCUCUCAGGAAGUAUAUUAAAGUUUUUAAUGACAUCAAGAGCUUUGAGAAGAAGGCUCCAUCAUUCAGAUGUUGAUGGAAAAGGGCAUGAACAUUUAUCUGGCUUAGAAGGAUUGGAUGAGCCUCUACUUGGGAACCAUAGAUAUGACGAAAGACAUCCAGAGGGUUCUCACCUAGAUGAUCUCUUAGAUGAUGCACGAAGGAAGGAACAACUCCAUUGGAGCUUUAUAUUCUCUCAGUUAAUUGCACAGUGGGCGCACUGGUUUGCAAAUAUUGUAAUUGGACCUGUAUCCUUCAUUGGGUGGCUUUUUACCCUUACUUCUGCUGGACAAAUAAGAGAAAACAAUAAUUUUCUAAGAACUCCACUUAGUCCUUUACAGGAAGAAAGACUUAGAAACUUACGGCAGAGGCUUGAAGUCCCCUUUGAUGGUUCUCGCAUGGAGCAUCAAGACGCUCUGAAGCAACUAUGGAGAUUGGCAUAUCCUACUAAAGAGCUUCCACCUCUUAAGUCAGAACUUUGGAAGCAGAUGGGAUGGCAAGGAGUAGACCCCUCAACAGAUUUUAGGGGUGGUGGAUUCAUUUCAUUGGAAAACCUGAUCUUUUUCGCUCAAAAGUAUCCUGAAUCAUUUCAAAGGCUGUUGCAUAAACAGGAUGGAACUAGAGCUGAGUGGGAAUAUCCCUUUGCUGUUGCUGGAAUUAACAUAUGUUUUAUGUUGGUACAGAUGUUAGAUCUUCAAUCAGGAACACCAACUUCUGAAGUGGGAAUUCAUUUUCUGGAACUACUUAAAGAAGAUGAAAUGGCAUUUGAUCACCUUUUUUGUGUAGCCUUCCAAAUGAUGGAUGCGCAAUGGCUUGCAAAGCGAGCUUCAUAUAUGGAAUUCAAUGAGGUGCUCAAGUCCACCAGAAACCAGUUAGAGCGUGAGCUUGCCCUUGAAGAUGUCGCUAGUGUGAAAGAUUUGCCUGCAUACAACCUCUUGAAAAUAUGAUCUUUUGCCUCUUAUCUUUUGGCAAUACAUCUUAGUAUACUUUCAUCAUUGUAAUUUUUACAAUAAAUGAAAAGAAAAAAAAAGAAUUAAUGCAAUAUUAUUGUAACUCUCUCCCUCUCACACAUUAUAUAUAGGGAAAUUUACGUUUAAGUAUCAAAUGUUUUUAAUUUUGUAUACUUAAA